AGAACAGGAACCAACUUCAUUUUGUUUAUCAAAUCUAUAGAUUCAUAGCAAUGGCUUCCUCUAAUGUGCCUAUUAUCAUGGACAAUGGUACCGGCUAUAGCAAGCUAGGUUAUGCCGGAAAUGAUGCUCCUUCGUACGUAUUUCCAACAGUCAUUGCAACACGAUCUGCAGGUGGUGCAAGACCAGCAGUCCCUUCGAAGCCUUCCUAUUUAGCACCAAAAGGCAGCGGACACCUUUCUGGAAAGCGUGGAACAGAAGACUUGGACUUCUUCAUUGGUAGUGAUGCUCUUAGCAAAGCAUCUGCUGGUUAUUCUUUAGACUACCCAAUUCGUCAUGGUCAAGUUGAGAACUGGGAUCACAUGGAACGCUUUUGGCAACAAUCUCUCUUUAAAUAUCUUCGUUGCGAGCCUGAAGACCACUACUUUCUUUUGACUGAACCUCCUUUAAACCCGCCUGAAAAUCGUGAGAAUACUGCUGAAAUUAUGUUUGAAUCUUUCAAUUGUGCUGGUCUUUACAUUGCUGUUCAAGCAGUCUUGGCUUUGGCUGCUUCUUGGACCUCUUCUAAAGUCACUGAACGCUCUUUAACAGGUACUGUCGUCGACUCUGGUGAUGGUGUUACCCAUAUUAUUCCAGUGGCCGAAGGUUAUGUUAUUGGCUCCUCUAUCAAGACAAUGCCCAUUGCUGGUCGUGACGUUACUUAUUUUGUCCAAUCUUUACUCCGUGAUCGUAAUGAACUCGAUUCCAGUUUGAAAACUGCUGAACGUAUUAAAGAAGACUACGCCUAUGUUUGCCCCGAUAUUGUCAAAGAAUUCGCUCGUUUCGAUCAAGAACCCGAUCGUUAUCUUAAGCACACAGCCGAAACCUUGGGAGGCCGCACUACAGCGAUAGACGUUGGCUUUGAGCGUUUUCUUGCUCCUGAGAUUUUCUUUAAUCCUGAAAUUGCUUCGUCUGACUUUUUAACUCCUUUACCUGAACUUGUUGAUAAUGUUGUGCAGAGCUCGCCCAUUGACGUUCGUAAAGGUUUAUACAAAAACAUUGUUUUGUCUGGUGGUAGUACCCUAUUUAAAAAUUUUGGACAUCGUCUUCAAAGAGACAUUAAGCAUAUUGUUGAUGAACGUAUUCAUCGCAGUGAAAUGCUUUCGGGUGCCAAGAGUGGUGGUGUAGACGUAAAUGUAAUUUCUCACAAGCGACAGCGCAAUGCUGUAUGGUUCGGUGGAAGCUUACUUGCUCAGACUCCUGAAUUUGGAGCUUAUUGUCAUACAAAAGCCGAUUAUGAAGAGUAUGGAGCCUCCAUCGCUCGUAGAUAUCAAAUCUUUGGCAAUUCUCUAUAAUGAAGUUACAACUAUGAUGUUUUUUUUGUACUAAAAGAAUUCUUGAGGUCAAUGACUAAUUAAGCAAAGAAGCAUGAGAAGUUUGUAUGCUUACAUGAAUAUUUACAAGAUACGUAUGAUUCUUUUCAAGUUAUUUCAAUAACAUGUAUAUACUUAUAAGUUCAGAUAUGAGCCAAAUCAGUAUAUAUUGAUAAUAAUAGUGUAACAUAAAACGACAUUCAGAAGUAAAAACAAAAGGACCCAAACGAAUUAUUAUAGAUGAUCAUAACGCAAAGAGUAUGUGGAA